AUUUUGUUCACGAGAGAAACCGGUACAGCAUAGCACCACUGAGUUAUGUCGAGCAGAGCGAGUUCAGAGAGAGUUGAAAAUAAAUUGAAGAGCGCUGUAAAUGGACAAAUAGUGAUGAACUUGGGACAUGACACUACUAGUGAGAAGUCUAAAGUGGACUUCAUUUAUGGCGCUGUGCCUUCUCGAAGCAAGCACGACAUAUUAUUAGUCUURCAGUCCUGUGAUUACAAUGUAGAAACAGCUAUAUCUAUAUUUUCUCAGGGUCAAGAAGAAGAGGUUCUUAAACAAUGGAGCUAUAAGGGAAAGAGAAGCAAGGAUGGAAACAAGAAAAAGCGAAACAAGAAAAARCAGAAUAAUAAAGACAUUAAAGAAUCUCCUCAAACAGAAAAUAGCACAGCAACAAAAUCAACCAGUGAGACGACCAGUAUCCAUGAACAAACAUCGCAGACACUACCCGGACCAGCACUUUCCCUAAACUUGUCAAGUGAUAUACCAUCCCCAAKCCCAGUAGAAAAUGGUAUUUCGAGUCCUGACAGUUCCUCAAAUUCAUCYCCGGAGAUACUCAUGAGUACRAAACCUCCUUCAAGAUCUUCAAAUCAUUCCUCACAUCAACCAAAGCAUGCUGGMAAACAUACUAUACCUAAAYCUGAGAAGUUAAGUCCAACAUCGCACGCUGAUGCUUUGAAAAAGUCAACAAAAGACUUGACAAGAUCAAGUUUUUCUUUAGCWAGAUAUCAAGUUGUUCUUGAAGAGGAAUGUGAGCAAUCAUUUAAAAGAAUUACAAAAACAUUUGAAAAUAUAAGAAAAUGCAUCAAUGAAAGAGAAGAAUUUUUAACCAAAGCAUUAAAAGRUUUUAAAGAACAAGGAGAUAAAUUGUUACAACAGMGAUUAGAAGAUGCAGCRGCUUUACGGCUUAAAACAGAACGAGUUCAGUCGAUGCCUGAUGAACAGGUGGUCCUACUUAGAGCUGACAUCAAGAGCUUUGUAGCAGAGAGGAARAUWGAUGAAGAGUUGGCACAAACAAAACGUUUUGUUUGUGAUGAAGAAAAACUCAUCCAGGAAUUAAAGACAUUUGGUCAAGUUGUACCAAUCAAAGGCACUUAUACCCCAGUYGUGCUGAAUCAUCACAUACCCAGCUCAGUAUCAAAACCAAAGAGCAUUGCACCAGACAAGCAAGUAUCCACAUCUCUCCCGCCUAGUAGCUCCACUUCAAAACAAMCAGCCUCAACAGUCAAGUCCUCAACAGAGCAAAUAUCAAUUGCACCAACAAACAAGUCCAAUGUUUCAUCAGACAUAAAGAGCUCUUCUAAUCAUCCUUCUARUUCACUGGAUAAGCAGUUGACUCCAAAGCAAACUCCAGUUUCCAAUAAAUUGUCAUCUMAAACUAUGAAUAAUGGUUUUGAUAAUCCUCCCAAAAAUUCAACUUUCAAACAUGCCAAUGAAUCACUUCCACAAGGUGAAAGUCAAGAUGCAAGUUUGUCCGAACACCACAAAGACAAUGAGGCACAACAUAAAAAACACACCAAACCUUCAUCAAAGACAACUUCAAAGCARCCUUCACMUGCCAACACAACUUCACACAAYCAAACUGUUGGUAAAGGUAGCACUAGUUCUAGUAACAUUGAGAGCCAAGCCAAAAUGUCAGCUAUUUCUACUACCAAUGGUCCWCCUCCAAAGAUAUCUACACUCAUCUCAAUGGCUAUGGCUAAAAGUUCUGCAGUAGUUUCUGGAGAGGAUGCCACCAAUGUAGCAAACCUUCAGGAGGAAAUCAAGCAAAAGGUCAGACUCGAAGCCAKCAAAACAGACCAAAUACCACUCCACUUGYACAGGGCAAGCAGCAAAAGAAUCAUGAACCACGCCCAAGACGACCACAAUCAAGCCGUCAGCAACGAGAAGAUAAAGAGAACAAAGGUAGACAAAACCAGGUUCAUGUUGGGAAAGAGCAGCAUAACCCCAAACAAGAAAGACARUCGGAGCAGUCUCAAGAUGGAAAACGUAAAAGACAAAGAAGAAGAGGAGGAAGAGAUCGCAAACCUAAAGACAGUGAUGGAGUAGUUGAAGAAAAUGUGAAGGAUGAUCGAAUUCCARUGAAAAGUGAAGUUCCUGUCCAACAAGAUGAARUSAUAGUGACAAAUGAUGCAGCCAAUCAGAAGCCUGAACCUGAGGUUUCUAGCCCAACAGACAYUAAAGAAGAAAAUCUUCYGACCGUCGGUAACACAAAUAACACUUCUGACUCAGUGGAGACUGRAAGUUCAGGACAAGAAGUGAGCAUUGAGAAGGAAAAUGUAGACAGCGACACUCAGAAUGAUUCCAGCUUGAAGGAGGUAAAUGGAACAUCUAACCAUAAAGAUGAAACUGAAGUGCAGAGAAACACCAAUGAAGAACAUGAAACAAAGCCAAAYGAGAUCAACUCUGACAAUGUGGGGGAGUCUGAUGAGAUACCCUCUACUGCACUACCUCMAAGAUCUCCAAGAUCACAAGGCAGGCGUCGAAACAGAAAUGCUGAUGAAAAUAAAGAGAGUUCAAGUGUACAUGAUCUAAAUGGGUCUACCAAUGGAAUUAAUCAUAACAGCAGCGAUGAUGCAGAUAACACAGAGAAGAGUGUAGUUGAAACUAGUGAUCUGAAAGAAGAUAGUGUCACCAGCAAACCCUCUCAAGUAGCUAAUCCUUCCCUCAUUAAUGGACAUGAUAAAUGGCUUGAAUCUGAGCCUAUUAAGCUUGAAAUAARCCAAGAAAAAGAGCUGGAGAACCAAUCAGAGAUYGACGGUCAACAAGCAUCCAAUGGGACYGGAGAAGAAUGCCUUGUAGAGAGGUGACGACACUCAAGAUUUUACCUCUGAAUUAUAAUUAUUGUUAUUGUAGGGAAGGGGGGAGAAAAAACAAAGAGAAUUGAUAUUAUAUUAUACAUAUUAAUAUAUAUUUGCACAAUUUAUCAACAAUUCCUUCAAACAAAGGAAGAAUACACUUUAUAUUAAGAUGUUAUUCAUAGGCUUUUUGUGUUUUGGAUAUCAGGAAAAUACCAAAAAAUCAAUGCCUUAAGCUAUAUAUAAAAAAAACAGGCAGAGCUCUUUAUUAUAAUUCAUAUUUCCACAAUGCUAUGCAUAUUCAAAUAUAUUCAAAGCCACUUCAAAUGGAAGUACUACAAAUUUUGUAAAUCUUUUGUAUAGUGCCUGAAACUUCGCUUUAAACAAAAAAAAAACAUUCACUCACAUUCAUAUUUUAUGAAUGCAAUUUAUAUAUUCAGRCACUAUGGAUGCCAAUUCAUUAAAUCAAUUUCUCAGGACAAAAAAAAUCRAUAUUGUUUGUAGAAGUUUUUAUGGUUCAUUAAUCUUUACAAGACAUCARGUGUCUGUUUUGGAUUUGUKCAUAAUUACAUUGACAGGUGUAGCCAAUAAAAGACRCAAAAUGCAAAUAAAAAAGGGUUUUAUA